GCCACUCAGCAGCAGGUUAGUGAAAGCAGCAGCCACAAGAGGAGGAGGAGGAGGAGGAAGAAGUAAGCAGGAGGAGAACCUGGAACGAGAGAAACUGUGGCUGCAGUCACAGGAGCGACACAAAACACAGGCAGGGAGGUGGAGAUCCGGAGAGAAGAGAAGGUUUCCCCUCCUCACCUCACUGACACAUGAAAGAAGUCAUGCCGGUUCUCACAGCAGGAGCGGGACUGCAUGAAACGCUGGCCCUGCUGACCUCUCAGUUGCGGCCCGAUGCCAACCACAAAGAGGACAUGGUCUUCCUCAAAGACGUCUUCAGUGAGAGGAGUUUGGGAUACCUCAUGAAGAUUCACGAGAAGUUGAGACAGUACGAGAGGCAAAGCCCCACGCCGGUGCUCCACAGCGCUUCCUCUCUGGCUGAAAAUGUGGCAGAGGAGCUGCAGACUGGACCAAUGAGCACAGAGGAGAAGGAACUGCUGCACCUGCUGAUGUCACCACAUCUGAAGGCUGUCCUCUCAGUGCAUGACACCGUGGCCCAGAAGAACUUUGACCCCGUGCUCCCUCCGCUGCCCGAUGACUUCGAGGACGAGCUGGAUGAGGAGUCUGUGAAGAUUGUCAGACUGGUGAAGAACAAGGAGCCUCUGGGAGCAACGAUCAGACGGGAUGAGGCAACAGGAGUUGUGAUCGUGGCGCGGAUUAUGAGAGGAGGUGCUGCAGAUCGAAGCGGUCUGGUCCAUGUAGGAGAUGAACUCAGGGAAGUCAAUGGAGUUUCAGUGAUCCACAAAAGACCCGACGAGAUCAGUCAGCUGUUGUCCCAGUCCCAGGGCUCCAUCACGCUAAAGAUAAUCCCAGCCAUCAAAGAGGAGGACAGACUGAGGGAGAGCAAGGUUUACAUGAGAGCCUUGUUUGACUACACCCCUCUGGAAGACAAGGCCACCCCCUGCCAGGAAGCGGGACUUCCCUUCAAACGGGGCGACAUCCUGCAGGUUGUGACGCAGGACGACCCCACGUGGUGGCAGGCCAAACGCGUGGGAGACAGCAACCUGCGGGCCGGACUCAUCCCGUCCAAACAGUUCCAGGAGAGGCUCUAUGCUGCACAUCCCUCCAGGCGGCUGGCCUACAGGAUGAAAAUGGGCACACUACCGAAUCCAAAAUCCCCUAAAAAGCCUGCUUCUGAAGGAUGCGACAAAGGUCUCUUACCCAGAAUGCUUACCCCCCCUCUCUACCUUGCUUGCCUCCCAACAGAGGACUGUGACUGUGAGGGCUAUUUCAAUGGACAGUACAUAGAAAGCCAGGCUAUAGUCUCUUCUAAGUGUAAAGCAGUGGCGCCCUCCUGUGGCCAGGUGUUUUCCUGGGAAUUUUAUUCAGCUGGUUUACGGAGAAGCUUCCGCCUGAGUCGUAAGGAUCGGCAGGGAUCGUCCGGAGAGGACUCGGAGAUCGGAGAGCCGGACUUCCUGACCUAUGAGGAGGUGACCCGCUACCAGCACAGGUCUAGUGAGAGGCCGCGGCUGGUGGUUCUGAUCGGUUCGCUUGGGGCACGAAUCAAUGAGCUGAAGCAGCGAGUGAUAGCUGAAAACCCACAUCGUUAUGCUGUAGCUGUUCCACAUACUACCAGGCCUAAGAAACCUCAUGAGAAGGACGGAGUGGAGUAUCACUUUGUCACCAAACAGCAGUUUGAUGCAGACGCUUUAAACAACAAAUUUAUAGAGCAUGGGGAGUACAAGGAAAACCAGUAUGGCACCAGUAUAGAGGCCAUCCGCUCUGUUCAAGCCAAGAAUAAGAUGUGUAUAGUUGAUGUGCAGCCUGAGGCGCUGAAGAGACUACGAACUGGAGAGUUCAAGCCAUAUGUUAUAUUUGUCAAACCGCGAAUUCCUGAGAGCCGGCGUCGCCGCAGUGCAGCCACCUCACCAGGAGGGGGCGAACACGGGCGUCUUACAGAUGAAGAUCUGCAGGAAAUGCGUCAGUCUGCCGUUCAGAUCGACCAGCAGUACGGACACCUGGUGGACCGCGUCCUCAUCAAGGAGGACUCGGCCAGUGCUUGCGCUGAACUGCGCGGCAUUUUGGAAAGAUUGGAGCGCGAUUCCUUCUGGGUGCCUCUGAGCUGGAUGCGGACCUAAACGCAAUACCCACAAACCCCUGGAAAAUCCUCUGAUGCAGCCAAUCCUUGCACUGGUUUUCUCAUGAGCCAAUACCUCUACACCCCCAGGCUGGUGGCCAACCCAAGAGUUUACUGAACUAGGGCCAUCUAAUUUACAGCAGCACCACAAGCAGAUGAAGUCAAAGAAAUACCUCAGUUCUUCAGCAAGGCUGACCAUUUGAUUGCCCAACUUCCCAAAGUAAUAAAUAGUUUUGCAUGUCACGUUUAUGCAUAUUUGGUUUCGUAAUUACCAACUCUUUUUUAAAAUUGUGUAGAUUCAGAAGAAUUUCUACUUACUGAAUUCCCGUCCAAACAGAAGAGCAGAUGAAGAUAUCUCGGUUUUCCUGAAAGACAAACAUCUCAAAUUAGAUCAGUUCCUUUUAAAAGUCUUCUUCUGCUAAAGUUUACAGCAUGUAGAAUGCUUUUUGACAAGUUUGUAGUUUAAGUACCAUUUACCUAAUUUGCACAAGUUCAAUUUUAUUCCUCACACCGUUGAACUUUACAGUAACAUAUCAGCUUUUAGUAGCAUGAUUUCUUUUUUAGUUCUACAGCUUUACUAAACAGCAGCUGCUGAAUGCUUCCAGUUUAUUCCUGCUGCUCAUGCAUCAUGUACAGAACAAGAGCCUGUCGCACAAUAAACUGCAGAAGAGAAAGACAUCUGACAAGUCAUGAUACAGCUUAAUCACUAAGCUACUAAUUAAAGAAAUAUCCAGAUGGAAUGCAGGGAUAUUUUUUGCUGAGCUGGUUUUAGAAAAUGCAUGUCGACAGUUUACUUACUCAGAUGUAAAAACUGUAAAUGUUACUCCUGGUGUGCCAACGAAAGACGUCGUAGCACUUCAAUGCAACCUGUUUACCUUCGUCAUUUUGACUGUAAAAACAUUGUGCACACAUUUUCUGUGGAUGGAUGUUGCUGUGUGUGUCAACAUACGUUAAUGUUGUCCCUGUUUUGCAAAUCGGAAUGGAUUUUGUACAGUUUCUUGAAUAUAUCUGUAUUUUUGGCUGGAGAACAGAUGUUUGAAUUGAAGAACUUUUUAUGCAGAACGUCAGUGGACUUUGUUUUUUUUUCAAAGCUUAAACAAUAGGACAAGAGGGGUGGAAUGUUUGUAGCAACUAUGAGCUUUUCUUUGGCAUGCCAGUACUAUAUUAAAACUUGAAAGAUCUGAACCUACUGACAACGCAGAUCAGGAAUAAACACAUUUUGUGUUGAAUGUGAGCAUCAAACACUUUCCAGAUCAUAUUUGUUAACUUGUUUUUGUCACAUGCGACGGAGUUUGAGCUGUGUGAACUAAACCGAGAAUGUUGACUUUGUAAGCUGUCAUGUACAAAGUGCCAUAAUAAAGGAAGCUGACUCAAACUUUAA